UUCCGAUCAUUAUUAUUAAACGUACUAAGAGCCCUGAAGGAGACAUGGAUGCCUAAUCCUGAAGGUGUUAGGCACCAACUAUGAGCAAUGCACAGGCUAUGUGUGUAGCACAUACUUUGGAGCUUCUCGCAAUCCAAUUGAUAUAGUGCGUAUGUUCAACUUCAGUUCUGAAGUGAACAGCAGAAUUGUUGAGGCUUCUCUUGAUGAUCUCUGCUUUGUUCGAGAAAACGAUGGUACCUGUUUUCAUCAAGACAUUCCAAAAACUGUGGGCGAUUACGAAAAUACAACAUUUUUGGCUGAAUCUGUUCUGUCAAAAGAUUCAAAUCCUCCCAUUGAAGAUGGUGAAGAAGGUAUUUGUUUUUCGUCAACUGUUGAGAAAUUGAAAACUUCUGGAAGGCAUGCAUCAUCAAAAUUAGUUAAUUCUUGGAAGGAAAGAGGUUUCUCAAGUCUGAUUGUUGCUGCGCCGGAAAUGGAGUUGGGGAGCCUGGUGCAAAAAUUGCUGCCUCUUUUGUCAUUUUCUGCACCAUUUGCAAUUUACAGUCAUUGCCUUCAGUCACUUGCGAUGUGUAUGCACAAGUUACAAGCUGCAAAAAUGGCCCUAAGCUUGCAAAUAUCCGAGCCCUGGCUUCGAGAAUACCAGGUUCUUCCAUCGCGCACCCAUCCGCACAUGCAAAUGAGUGCUUUCGGCGGCUACAUUUUGAGUGGGAUAAGAAUCUGCAGUGAUCCGCCUCGCAAAGAAAGCAAAGUCAAUUAAUUUAUUCCUAGGAGUGAUGUGAACAUUUUUUUUUUUUGAAAAUGUGUUGUAUAUUUUUCAUUUAUUUUAGUGUUAAAUUAAAUU